AUGGGGGGGCAGCAGAACCGCGGCCACGAUUGCCUGCGCGAUCCUCCGAACUCCGGCCGCGGGGAAACUGUGAAGGUGGCGUCCCGCACACUCUCGGUCGAGGACGCCACGCUCUACAUUCUAGACGCCUAUGCCCAGCAUGCUCUGCGGGUGCAGGAGUCGCCAGCGGCGGGUGACGGCAGCCCGGGGAAUGGCGGUGCGGCUGGAGGCAGUACUCGCCGCACCCCGGUAGAUGGCGAAGCAGCGGGAGGCGCACUGCCCACUUGUUGGACCGACCAAUUGGCGCAGUGGGAAAGCGAGGGGGUGGAGGAAAGGGAGCGGCAUGAGCGGAUGGCGGAAACGGUCCCCCGCUGCCUUCGUGGCCUGCCCGUGUUUGUGAUGCGGAAUGGUGGUCACUAUUUGGCGACGACGCACUUGAAGUACGUGCUUGGGCUCGAGAAGAAGCCGUACGAACUGUUUCGCAUCCUGCGCGAGGUGAACCGGACCAGUUGGCAGCCGCACGAGGAAGGGGGGGACGGCGUGGACAUCAAUGAGUUCCACGAAAAGUUAGGCGCGAAGUUUUUGACGGCAGGCGUGGGGGUUGACCACGAAAGGGAUGCUGGGGAGACGCUUGAGGAAGCAUCGGAAAAGCGGGAGAGGGCGUCGGCGGAGUCGGCGGUGUCCCGUGGUGUUGACGCCCUGGAGGCCACGUGGCGGGCCUAUGACCAAUUGGCCGCAGUCUCGGACGGGGUAUCAGCCGAUCGGUUCCGGGCAUGUGCUGUCCGGUUUUUGGGCGAGCAGCUGAGUGCCCCGGUUGGGGGGGAGCCGCCGGAAGAGCACUUUAAGGAGAUGGAUCGGCGGCUGGCGGCAGCAAAGUUUCAGAGGAGUGUCGGACCGGCCGGGGUGGCAUGGGGUGGGAAAAAGCCUAGCAAGCCUCGCAAUCCUCGCGGAGAAGAGUGCGAGCGGAAGCGAGUGGUUCCGGAACGGGUGGCGCCGGCGAGGCCCACUUUGGAAGAGGUCGAAGCGACUUUGUGGGAUGGGGUGGAUGAGUCGAAGUUGGAUGCGGUGGAGGGCGAGCACGUGGAUAAGCCCGACCCCAAGGAGGAGGGGGAUGUGUGCACCCCGGGUGUGGAGUGGGAGCAAUGGUACUUGGACCGCGAAGGGUUUGUGCCUAACGCUCCCGUUCCCAUCAGGAGGUUGGGAGAGAUCAGCCGCUUCUGGUACGAGUUUGGCGUCCCGGACCAAGUCGUGGUCAUGCAGCACAACUACGACAACCGCUUGGAGCGGAGGUACGAGGGGCGCCACAACUUGUGGACCUUCAAAGUGCUGUCCAACAUCAUGCCCAUGAGCCGCUUCCUCAAAUCCGCCCCAUCUGCCGAAACCUUUGUCGCUGCCGACCUGGCCCGGGAGGCGCUGUCCGAUCUGGGUGCACAGUCGAAGCUUGGCCGAUCCGUCGCAAUCGCCGCGCUGGCGCACUCGGCUGGCGUGCCGGUGGAGAAGGACAUCUUGCACGGGAGCGCAUUGGACUUGCUCAAGCUGGCUAGGGUUCGGGUUCGGGCCUCAAGGAAGGCAAAGGAAGCGACUGGCGGAGGGGAGGUAGAGGGGGGGGCGAAGGGCGAGGGAGCACCUCCGACUCUGGAUGAGGUGUUCGGUCACAGCGUCGUCACGAUUGGGCGGAGUGCGGCGGCCAGCGUCACGGAGUCGGCCGUCCAGGUAGAGAAGGAGCGCUGGAAGAGUGGCUCCUCGGACUGGGGGAGGGGGGCUAGCGAGUAG